AAAGAAAAUACCUUAAAUGCAGACACCUACCAUAAGGACGAAAGAGAGAGUGCAACGUCAUUAGAAAGUAGCAAGACCACAAAAGAAAAAAGGUAAAGAGAGAGACCAAUCACAUGAGAUAACGCUAAGAUAAGGCUUCUUACAUUUACCAUCACAUAUAACCCAACGUUACUAUUAUUCUAAAAUCCAAAAAAUCAAAAACCUAUAUGUUAUAAACAUUGGAAUCAUCAGUCUCUAAGCAGUAUCACACCAACUCAAUAUGGCUACCACCACUGCAGCAGCAGCCUCAGGUAUCUUUGGGAUCCGAAUUCAAGAUCCUAGACCCGGAACCGGUAGGGUCCAAGCCCGGUUCGGGUUCAGUUUCGGAAAAAAGAAACCGGCUCCACCACCAAAGAAAUCAAGGCAGGUCCAAGACGAUGGAGACAGACUAGUUUGGUUCCCCGGCGCAAACCCGCCGGAAUGGUUGGACGGAUCGAUGAUCGGUGACCGUGGAUUUGAUCCGUUCGGUUUAGGUAAACCGGCGGAGUAUCUUCAGUACGAUUUCGACGGUCUUGACCAAAACCUUGCCAAGAACGUGGCGGGUGACAUCAUCGGGAUCAUCCAAGACUCGUCUGAGAUCAAACCCACGCCGUUUCAGCCGUACACUGAAGUCUUUGGGAUCCAACGGUUCAGAGAAUGUGAGCUGAUUCAUGGAAGGUGGGCCAUGCUUGGCACUCUAGGUGCCAUCGCCGUCGAGGCUCUCACCGGAAUUGCAUGGCAAGACGCCGGAAAGGUGGAAUUGGUGGAAGGAUCGUCGUAUUUGGGACAGCCAUUGCCAUUCUCUUUGACGACGUUGAUAUGGAUAGAAGUGCUAGUGGUCGGAUACAUUGAGUUCCAACGUAACUCUGAGCUUGAUCCAGAGAAACGGAUUUACCCGGGUGGGUAUUUUGACCCAUUGGGACUUGCGGCUGAUCCAGAGAAGUUGGAUACCUUGAAGUUGGCGGAGAUAAAGCACUCUCGUCUCGCUAUGGUUGCAUUUCUCAUCUUUGCUCUUCAGGCGGCCUUUACCGGCAAAGGCCCUAUCAGCUUCCUCGCCACCUUUAACAAUUAGUUAAUGAACCUUUCUAUCUUUACUUUUUUCAAAAAAAAAAAUAUACGUUAAAAACUCUAUAAUGCAUGUUAUAUCAUAAAUAAGUCGUUUAUUGUUUGGUAUAUCGUCUUUUUGUUAUCAUAUCAAUCGUGCAAAACCUCUAAAUGUUGAUUUAAAAUUGUGU